AUGUCUGACUCGGAUGAAGAUGACUGGCAGCAAGUGCGCACCUACACUGACCAUCUUGGUCACCGCGUGGUGCUGGAGCAGUUCGUCUACAGCUUUGUUCCCCUGGAUGACGACCACGAACAGCUCCGGGAAUACCUGAUGCAGAGCUUCAUUGAUGAAGAGCUCAAGCCUUUGUUCGAGAUUUAUUCAUACUGCCCGCCCGACGCCUUCGCCUGUAUUGAGCAUAACCGCCGGGAAAUCGCCCACCGCAAGCAGCUACACCGGUCAGGGGUCGAGAAUCCACCCCCGCUGAUUCGGAAAUUUCCCCGUCGUAGCGAUGGCACGCUCGGUGGGUUUUGUAUCCUAAUUCGAUCGCACAGCUAUCGACUAGGCCAGGAUGAGGAUAGGCUUGCUGAGGCGGGCGAAGGCCCAGACUUGCUCUACUUCAACCGCUCGUUUUCUAGCACGCGCAGUGAUGUUGAUGAGGCGCAGCGUAUAUCCGAAUACGACGAUCUCGCACCAGAGGCAUUUGAAUUGGCCACCGAGCGUAUCACGAAGCAGUUUAACAUCGGCCAGAUCCUUAUGCUUGAUAUCUUCCUGAACACCGGUCGUCCUAGCCUACAAUACGCCUUGGAUGUGGAUGAGGGCGAGCCUCCUAACUCGAAUCCGCCGCCAGAAGAGCAGAUUCGCGACCAGUUAGGCCAAGAAGCUUCAGUCGGCGGCUUCUCUCUUAAUCCGGCAUUCCAGAUUUCCCACGAUGACGACAUCGUAACGGUCACCAAUACUCCCAAGGGAAGCGUCCCUGAUAUUCAAUACGUUGUCCAUGCGCUUUUUCUCGCCUCUAUCCGUGACACAGCAGGGCCCUCCCUCCUGGAAAGCACAGCGCGCCUCUUCACAGCGGCAGUUGUCUCCUACCUCCCGGCCAAUAAAACCCUCGAUCUCAAAUUCUACAUCCCAAACUCCCCUUCCUGGUCGGCCAUCCGCCCCGCCCAAGCCGAAGUUCUAUCCCACCAAACCCAAGAAGGGGACCAAGAAAAUCCCUUCCCUAUCGGGGCCCUGCACACCUUUUCCGCAGGUGACGAACAACCCCCUACCGCACAUCGCUUCACCCCCCAACGACCCGGCAAAUAUCUCACCUCAGCAAAAGCGACGGCCAGCACGCCAUUUCGUUUGUUCACAGUUGCGCUCGAUCGCGCCAAGUUUAUCUCCGAGGCCGGGGUUUACUUCUACAUGGCGGACUUCGAUGCGUCCGGGGAUCCGGACCCUUACUUGGAGGUAUGUCCCGAUGAUACGCAGAUUUUCCGGGGCGUGGAUAUGAGUACGGUUGCCGGACGGUUGGGGCUAGUUGUUCUUGACGGAUAA